AACUGCUGUCCUAUGAUGAACUUAGCAGUGGAGAAAACAGAGUUUUUGAAGAUGUCAGCAGAUAUACCAUUAAAUAUUAAUAUUAAGGAGCCCCGAUGGGAUCAAAGCACUUUCAUUGGACGAGCCAGUCACUUCUUUACCGUAACAGAUCCCCGGAAUAUUUUGUUAUCUGAUGCCCAGCUAGAAAAUGCAAGAAGGAUUGUUCAUGAUUACAGACAAGGUAUCGUGGCACCUGGCUUGACAGAAGAUGAAUUGUGGAGAGCAAAAUAUAUCUAUGAUUCAGCUUUUCAUCCAGACACUGGUGAAAAGAUGAUCUUGAUUGGCCGAAUGUCAGCUCAGGUACCAAUGAACAUGACUAUCACAGGUUGUAUGAUGACCUUUUAUAGAACGACCCCGGCGGUGGUUUUCUGGCAGUGGAUUAACCAGUCCUUCAACGCUAUAGUAAAUUACACGAACAGGAGUGGUGAUGCCCCAAUUACUGUCAGCCAGCUGGGAACAGCCUAUGUUUCUGCUACCACAGGUGCUGUUGCAACAGCUUUAGGACUUAAUGCACUAACAAAGCAUGUCUCACCUCUUAUAGGACGAUUUGUUCCUUUUGCUGCUGUUGCUGCUGCUAACUGCAUUAAUAUUCCACUAAUGAGACAAAGGGAACUCAAGUUUGGAAUCCCUGUCACAGAUGAGAAUGGAAACAGAUUGGGUGAAUCAACCAAAGCAGCUCAGCAGGCAAUUACUCAAGUGGUUAUAUCAAGGAUUCUUAUGGCUGCUCCUGGCAUGGCAAUUCCUCCCUUUAUAAUGAAUACAUUGGAAAAGAGAGCCUUUUUAAAGAUCAGCAAAAAUGAGAGAUUUCUUCAGUGACUACUCAGUGGUUUUUGGUACCAUCAUGACCGUUUAUGCUCACCUGUUCCUUCCCCUCAGCCUCAAAGACUGUGAGUUCAGGUGAAACUGCUCUGCAGGUAGUCAGUGGUAACACUUGGCAUAGAUUAGUAUUAAAACCAUUAAGGAAUGAGCUGCAUUUUUAACAAGCAGCUUGUGCAUGUUCUCUUGAGGUUUCAGAAGCACCAUCGCAUUUGCAGUACUCUGACACCACCCACACAAUGCUUUACUAACUCAUUUCUCUUAGCCUUUGCUUUGCACAUCAUCACUCCUGAAAAUAAUUUUGUAUGUCUGCCAAAGCCCAUUAACCAGAGCACAAGAAGGUCAGAAAAUAGUCAAAUGGUUGUUAAAUAAUGAAGAAAAUAGAACAAUGAUCUGCAGCGAGAUAGAAGCAGGGUGUCAUUCUCUGAUGUUUGAGAUAAGUUGUAGGUAAUAUAGCAAUAUUCAUCCUCGUGUUCUGACACUGUUUUGCAUGAGGACGUUUUGAUGACAACACUGGUGUGAAUUACAAUAUUCCCUAUAGUUACUAUUAGAAAAUGGUUCAAGGAUAUUUUCAAAAUACAAACAUAUACUUGCUGAUUUAAAAAGAAUCUAAUUAUUUCUUGCCUUGAAAGCUGUAAAUACACACACAAAACACACACACACACGUGUGUGUGUGUGGUUUUUUUUCCCUAGAUUUCAGCAGCAGCUUUGGCAUGCAUUUUGUGUAAUUAAGCAGUGUAGUGAUUCUUGAUAAUUAGGCUAUAUAAUGUCUGUAUUCAUUAUCUCUACUGAUUUACGCUUGACUAGCUAUGUGCAGAAACAUGUUAUUUUAUCUGCUGCACUGGAAGGAGCCAUAAACAACAUUAUUAUGAGGCAUAGGUUUUAUAGCCUUAUUUUAGUUACAUAUAACCUUUCUCCUAAAGAAAUAAAUUUUCUUCCAUAGAAACUUCUUAAAAUUCUAAUUGACACUGAAGUUUUAAUUUAUAUUACCACUCUCACAGCUUCAUCUACUGUUUCUCUCCUAUUUUGCAUAGCAUGUUGACAUUCAAGUUGACUCCAUUAAUUUCCUCUUGCAUCCUAUAAAACAAGCUACCUGGAUUCUGUUAAACUGCAGCUAAAAUAUGUAUUCAAAACUGUUACAAAACUAGAACAGAGCACCUUUUUUUUAAAUCAUCCUUCUUAUGCUGUAGAUUCUUUCAUGCGUUCCUAAUUUAACUGUCGUUUCAUUUAUUCAUCUUCUUGAAAACAGGCGUAGUUAGGCUGGGAAAGCUGGCAGACUUUAAGAUCUAACAACGAAAGAAAGCAUUUAGGAAAUCUUUGAUUUUCCUUGUGUCUUUUGUUGGCUUAAUUAUCAUUUCUGCAUUUCUCUUUAUUUGCACUAACUGCUAAUGAUUCCACAAAGUCAUCUGGAAAUUAAAUCCUAAUUCAUCUGGAACUGCCUUCUUCCUGGGUUAAACAAUAGAUGUCUAGCACACUAAAUAUGCUUCUUUAUUUUAUCUCUUUGUAGGGAUGUACAGUCUGCAUUUGAGACUUGCUUUAUUGUUUCAGAAUUGUUCCCUGGGCAGUUACAAUUCUUAAUAUUGACCUUUUUGAUUUUUUCCCCACCAUCUUUUUUUCCCCCACCAUCUUUCUUAAUUAGUGUAGUCUGGUAGCAUUCUUGAAAAAUAAAGUAACUUUAUCUUCGGAUCAGGCACUUUGGCAAAAAAUGUUCCACCAAAUGAAAUAAGCAUUACUUAUGUUGUGUGUACUACUAGACACCUCUGUCUUUCAGUUUAAUGACCAACUCAGAUAAAGAUUUGAAACCAAUAUUUAAUAAUAAUACUGUCAUGAUACCCUCUAACACUCCUUUUAGUUAUAAAAUCAUAUUUUGGGCUUUUCUGUUAAAUAUCUCAGCUCACACUGCAAUGCUUAGCAUUCCUCUCCCUUAGUUCUCCCCUCAAAUUGAAGUCUUUCACAGUAUGGAAAUUGACUUGUUUUCCCAAAUACGUGUAACAGCUGUCAGUCCCACCACAGUCCUAUGCCCUUCAUACUUAAGCUGUGAUAAGCACAGUCUGAUUUCUGACCUUCUGGUGUAGGUCACAUCAUCUGUCAUCAUUAACUCUCCCAACAUACAAAGCUUAAAUCUUUUUCAGUAAAUUUAUCUCAGCUGAAAGUCAAGUUAAGAUGGACAGAGUGGAAUGGCAGAACAGCAGAGGACUGCUAAAUUCACUCUUUAUGCUUCUUGCUAUUGCUGUCUUCUUCCAUUUGUUAUCGAUUGUUGCAAGCAAUUGCUGAAUUGCACAGUUCUUCCUGCACUCAUUUCUGGAUUACAGACUGCCUCCAAGAAAAAGAGGAACAAUCUUCUACAUCAUUUCUUCAUCACUCUCAAGCUCUGGAGAAAGCUUAUUCCAGGCUUGUUUUCCAUGCCUUUCAUACUACUUUUAGCACCAGCUGCAUCCUACUGAGCUUUCUAAACUUCCUUUCUCCCUUUAAAUAUUGACCAUCUCUUAUUCACCAGUUCCCCUCCCACCAACUUCUACAGCUGGAGAAAUGUUUCUUGCAGAAAACAUCAUCUUUGUACUUAUCCACUGUAAUGUGUAAUUUUAACUCAUUAGCAGUUUUGUUUUAAAAUCAACUUCUUGUUAUAGGAGCAGUUAUGUGUGUCCUGCUUAUUGGAGGCACUUACUUUAUUGUAACAACAAAAGCCAAUUGCAGCAGUCUCAUUUAAACAGGUCUGGUUUUAUUUCAUUAGUAAUUAAUUUAAACUAAAAUUCUAACACAGAACGGGGAGGGGGGAUUCCUAAAUCAUUUAAAGACCUACAAGAAAACUGUUAUAUUCCUUGAGUUCUGCAAAAGUCAAAAUAUUGAAGAAUAUGCUAAAAAUAAGCAUCUGUAUCUUACAGGUUGCUUUCUGUUUUAUUUCCCCAGUUCCUCCACUAUUUUUUUCCUUUUAUAAAAGGAGCUGAGUUCUUGCAGAACUAGAGUAUACUGGACUGAUACAUAGGAACUUACCCCUGUAGCUCACAGAACAAAUCACAUGAAUGGAGAAAGGGCUAAGAGAGGCAAGACACCUCCCUUAUUUUUGGAUGGCAGCUGCUAUUGCACACAAAACAAAUCCCCAGUUGUAAAUUAGAACCAUUCAAUGUCAGCGAGGAGAGAGGAGCU